GUCAGCCGUAUGGUCCGUCCUCAUGCGGCUGACGCAAUGCUCUCGGUCCAGCGGCGGCUCGUGUGGUCGGUGUGACUUUGUUAACAGCAAACACACACUCUAUUUUGACCAAAAAUGGUGGAGGGCUUCAUUCCACUCCUUCUGUCUGGGAUGCUGAUGUGUGGUCUGCUUCUCCGAACGGUGUCCCAACAUGGAGCCAAUGUUGAUGAGCCCAGUAAGAAGCCCAAUUUCAUCAUUAUAUUGGCAGAUGAUAUAGGCUGGGGAGACCUGGAUGUUAACCAGCCUGAAGAGAAGACAAACAACACACCUUAUCUCAACCUGAUGGCUGAACAAGGACUAAGAUUGACAGACUUUCACUCUCCAGCCUCAACCUGUUCCCCAUCCCGUGCUGCCAUCCUGACUGGCCGCUAUGGCCUAAGAAACGGGGUGACUCAUAACUUUGCUGUGGGCUCUGUGGCCGGUCUGCCUCUGUCUGAAGUCACCCUGCCCCAGCUACUACAGAAGGCAGGAUAUUACACCGCCAUGAUCGGAAAAUGGCAUCUUGGCCACAAUGGACCAUUUGGUCCAACUAACAGAGGUUUUGACUACUACUUAGGUAUUCCUUACAGUAAUGACAUGGGCUGUACUGACAUACCUGGAUAUAAUUUGCCACAGUGCCCUCCCUGUGACUCUUCUGGACCUCAAGUGAUCAGACUGAAGAGGAGUGUACAUGGAGGCUGUUAUUCCAAAGUGGGCCUUCCUCUGAUGGAAAACAGCAGCAUUGUGGAACAGCCGCUUGAUCUGUGGACACUAACAGAACAAUAUAAAUCCACUGCAACCAGGAUCAUACAGAAUGCAAGGGAGCGAGGACAGCCCUACCUCCUUUAUAUAGCGUUGGCUCAUAUGCACGUUCCUCUGGCCCCUCCACUCCUUCCAGAUGCUUCUGCCGGUCCUCCAGAGGACGACAAGGUGUACACCGCCAGCUUGCAAGAGAUGGACAGCCUUGUGGGGGCAGUAAAGAGUGCUUCUGAUGACGCAGACAAAGACAAUACUCUCAUCUGGUUCACUGGUGACAACGGACCUUGGGAACAGAAGUGCCAGUACGCAGGAAGAGUAGGACCUUUCAUGGGAAAAUGGCAAACCAACAGAGGUGGAGGUUCAGCUAAGCGGACCACCUGGGAGGGAGGUCACAGAGUGCCAACAGUAGCUUAUUGGCCUGGAAGGAUCCUGGCAAACACUACUAGCUCCACCCUGCUCAGUGGUAUGGACAUCUUCCCUACUCUUCUGUCCCUGGCAGGUGUAACUCCUCCCUCAGACAGACGUUAUGAUGGCAUUGACGCCACAAAUAUCCUCUUGCAUGGUGAACACACUGGUCAUGAGUUUCUCUUCCACCCCAACAGUGGUGCUGCAGGGAAGUUUGGUGACCUGCAGACAGUUCGAACACGAAAACACAAAGCUUUCUACAUCACAGGUGCAGCUGAGGCCUGCGGUGGUGCAACAGGAAGGCAGCAGCUCCAUGACCCGCCACUGAUAUUUGAUCUGGAGCGUGACGAGGCUGAGGAAACACCCCUGGAGGUCAAAACACCAGAAUACCAGGCGGUAGCAGAUAGGAUCGCCCGAAGGAGGGAGGAGUUAUUGUGGGACAUUGCCACCGACAAAUCUGUGUCCACGGCGGACUACAGCACAGAUGAAUCAGCAGCGCCCUGCUGUGACCAUAGACAGCCUGUUUGCCGCUGCCACACACUGGGCCAAGGGUGGGAAACCACACGCACACACACUCACACAAAAGGCUGAAAGAAGCACACAGAUGUGAAAUCAAAUAUCUCCCUUUAGAUGUGCUCAGCUGUUUGUUUGUAGAACAUGUUGUUUGGGAGGUUCAAUGUCCAGAUGCAGCAGGAGACGUGCAAACAAGCGGAGAGCAAAGAGGCGCAGGCGGGCGAACUUUGGCCAGUUGUUAUUGUGAGGUCAAUAAUUUGGGAAAAAUAAGAUCAGACAGUAAAGACAUUCUACAAUUUGUUAAUCAAUUUGUUGCAGUGUAAUUCAACAUAAAGUAGUGUUGUUUGUUGAACAGUUGAUGUUUCAGAGAACAACUUGGCUUUGUUAAUAUUGUGUUGGAUGUAUGAGCUUUAAUUCAGGAUUUAAACAUUUAUAUAAAUUAUUGUUAUUUUUUUGGUAAAUGAAAUCGACACCAUGCAGAGGUUGAAUCAGUUCUCAGCUUUAAUGAGUCUCUGGUGUAAAUGUCCAGUAUCGAACAGCUCAAUGCAGCGUAAGGGGGCCCUAACAGCGCCACCUUUUGGCAAAUCAAAUGGUAUUACCAUGUUACUUAUUACAACAGUACUAUAUAUAAAUGUUAUAUACAUUAUACACACAGUAAAAAUCCUCAAUAUAUAUUUACGCAUGGUAAGUCUAUGCGUUUGAUGUGUAAUACUGAAAACAUUUUGCAAAAGAAUAUUUAUUACAUCAAAGUUAAAAUGACUAUGACUUCCAUGUUAACAUAUUGAAUUCAGCAUCAUGUAGUAAAUAAAAAGGUCUUCAGGAUAUUACUGAAA